AUGGCUGAUACUGAAGAUGAAAAGCGGCAAGAGACCGGAGUUGGUCCCGCACCGCUUUCUGAUCACCCCGGCGAACGCACAGACAACACGAACGCCUCAUAUAGUGGCUCUGCACCUACUCAAGCACCGUACCCGCCUACAGCGGUUGACAAUGGCGGUUCUGGAUGGGGCGUCGAUACAGGGCGGGAGUCUGUCAAUCCUCGCCAUCGACAGCCGAUUUGGCAGGGUGAAUCUCUUUUUCUAAACAUCCCAAGGGAGAUCCGUGAGAUCAUAAUCGAGUCAGUGCUUCACUCCUGCCGUGAGCCGCCGGGCUCCCCGGAUAAGAUCAACAGGGUGGAUUUCCACGACAUGAGAUACAUGGCCUGGAGAAGGAAGGUCGAAGGGAUCUGGAAUGAACAGGGUAGCACCCACGCUCCCUCGAACGGUCUAUCUCUACUCCUCACUAGUCGCCAACUAUCGAUCGAGACGCGAAGCGUCAUCGAUCGUCUUAAGAAUGCGAAGUCACCAGAUUAUGUUAUUGAAAUUUCCGUCCUUAAUGAGACCAGUCUUUAUCCUACUUGGUUGUCAGUUCCAUGGCUAACAAACUCCAUAGACACGCUUCAUGUGGACGUGAGGCUUUUCGGCAGUAUCCUUAAUCGGCGUGACCGUAGGGGCUUAGCUGGAGAUGGAGGGAGGUAUGGGUUCCAUUGGAGCUUCUUGGCCGUGCUUGAGCGUUUCCUUCGAUAUGGACCGGUCGGCUUGAAGAAGCGUGAAGAUAAUUCCGAAGAAAGCGAAGACCGUGGGAUUUUCGUGCGGAAUCUUGUUCUUGAUUUUCAAUCGGUGGAGACCGAACUUACCUUCCCACCAGAUACGAUUGAUUACAGACAGUGGAAGGAUGUCCGUAUCAAUCUCUCAAGAUCCUACGAGCGUAGAUAUGGCACCAAUCCUGAUAUUUCAGACUUCAAAACCAAGCCAGAGUGGCUUUGUGCAUAUUUGACCAGUGAGAUCUAUGGGCUUCUUUCUUUGGGCUUCCAUCAUCGGCCUUACGGCCAAAUUCUGUACGAGAGGAUUGGGACGAUGCGCUUCCUUCUUAACGGAAAAUUACAAGGCGAGGUCGACCUGUCGAGCUCAUUAGCCAUGAAGACACCUGAUCGUCUCGAAUUUGGUACUAUGUUUCGGGAAGAAAGAGAUAUUGCUUAUCGGAAGUGGUUGCCGGAUACAAUUGCACAGAGAGAGAAGCAAGGCUUUUCGCCUGUUAAACUUCGAGACAGACAAUGA